AUGGAGGUCACGAAGCCGGACCACAAGUCCCUCUACCAGAGAGAUGAAGGAAAAGGUGGAUUUAGAGCUUGCAUGUUUGUGUUUGUUAUGAUAGCACUUGAAAAUAUGGGUUUCAUAGCAAACAUGGUUAGCUUAGUUCUUUACUUCCUCGGAGUGAUGUACUUUGAUUUGGCUAGCUCCUCCAACACUCUUACUAACCUUAUGGGUUCGACAUUCUUGCUUACUGUCGUUGGAGGCUUCAUUUCUGAUACUUAUUUGGACAGGCUAACCACUAUUAUCAUCUUUGCAGUAAUCGAAAUUACGGCUUUGGUGAUGAUGACAGUUCAAGCUCAUGCGAAAAGUCUGCACCCAGAAUACUGUGGCCCUGGCAAGUCAAGUUGUGUGGAGGGUAAGGUAGCAUUGAUGCUGUAUGCCUCUCUCGCUUUACUGGCAUUGGGUUCAGGCGGCGUAAGAGGAGUUCUGCCUUCGCUUGGUGCAGACCAAUUUGAUCAGAAUAAUCCAGAGGAAGCCAAGGCUCUUGCUACCUAUUUCAAUUGGAUUACACUAAGCACAGUUCUUGGUGCAGUUGUGGGUGUAACUGGUGUAGUUUGGGUUAGUGUCAAUAAAGCUUGGUAUAAAGGGUUCAUGAUAUCAACUAUAGGUGCAUUUGUGGGUUUUGUUAUUCUUGCCUGUGGUAAGCCUUUCUACUACAACCGAAAACAUGGAGAGAGUCCCUUCAUAAGAAUUGCACAGGUUAUUCAUUUGGCAAUUAAAAACAGACGAUUAUCGUUGCCUGCAAAUUCAAAGGAACUAUAUGAGAUUACUGACAAAGAAAUGAUCUCCACGGACGAAAAAAUUGCACAUACGGACCAAUUCAGAUUCCUAGACAAAGCUGCUAUAAUUCCAAAAGACCUGGAGGGGGUGGCACCAUGGAAAGUAUGCACUGUGACACAAGUAGAAGAAGUGAAAAUCCUGACAAGAAUGUUACCAAUAUUAUUCAGUACUAUAAUAAUGAACACAUGUUUAGCUCAACUUCAGACAUUCUCAGUACAACAAGGCAACGCAAUGAACCUUCAUUUAGGCAAAUUUGAAGUUCCGGCAGCUUCAAUUCCUGUAAUUCCUCUAGCUUUCAUGGUCAUACUAAUCCCACUCUACGAAUACUUUUUCGUACCAUUUGCACGAAAAAUCACCGGCCAUCCAUCAGGAAUCACACAGCUUCAACGUGUAGGAGUUGGUCUUGUUCUGUCAGCAAUAUCAAUGACUGUAGCAGGAAUUGUCGAAGUCAAAAGACGAAACCAAGCUCUUAAAGAUCAUGACCAUCCUAUAAGUCUAUUCUGGCUUUCUUUCCAGUAUGGAAUUUUUGGAAUAGCAGAUAUGUUUACACUUGUUGGGUUACUGGAAUUUUUCUACAAAGAAGCACCAGCAGGAAUGAAAUCACUCUCUACUUCAUUUACAUUUCUAUCUUUAUCGUUUGGGUAUUUUCUGAGUACUGUUUUUGUUAAUUUAAUAAAUACUAUAACUUCAAGAGUUGCUCCAAGCAGACUGGGAUGGUUACAUGGGGACGAUAUAAAUCUGAACAACUUAAAUCUGUUCUACUGGUUUUUGGCCAUACUUAGUGUCCUCAACUUUGCAAUGUAUAUGUAUUGGGCUUCUUGGUAUAAAUACAAGAUAGACGAUGCUAGUACAGAUCCUAAGCGGGAAACCAAGAAGACGAGUUCUUCAGAGGGUUUGCUUCUUUCCAAAAAAGAGAACAGCACUACAGAAAGUGUGGUUGUAAAGGCACAAGUAGCAGAAAGUACAGUGGAAGAGAAAGUGGGAAAUAUAAUAAUAAGUGAAGCUGACACUUCUGUUGAGCAUAGUAGAGAUGGUAGAGAAAAUGAUGGGCAACCGGAUAAGCAAGAAAAUGAUGAGGCUCGAGCAAAUGCUAAAGAACAUGGGAUUCAACCCAGCAAUUAGAGUAAAUUGCCAAAACAGCUGAUUUUUUUUUUUUUUUCCAAUUUUUGCAAUUGCCUCGUUGUGUGUAUGUCUUUUUUAAGUUCAAACUUGUAAUGACAUUG